AUGGAUACCCUAGAUGUUGAAAAACAGACAUUCAACGAUUACGAAUUGCUCAACAAAAAAAAAAAGUUUAGAAUUCGUCUUGCAAUAUUUUUCACAGUUGUCUUGCUGAUAUUGGGUCUCGCUUGUUUUGGAGUGUAUUAUGUCAUUUAUAAGCACUCCAGGCCGUCAGAUAAUAUUAUUGAACCAAAGCCCGAUACUCCUUUUGUUGAUUCAGAAGAAAUAAGACCUGAACCCGUUAUUCAUAAUGUUGUACCUAGCAUUGAUGAACAGCAUAAAGAUGACAAGGAACAUUCUCCUGAUCCAGAAUUAAAGAGAAAUGAACAAGAAGUUGUAGUUGUUCAUGAUGAUAAUGAUCUCGAUAAAAAAGAAGAGGAACUUCCAGUUAAAGAUUUAAAGGAAAAAGAACGUGAAGAUGAUAAACUGCCUCCGAAAGAGGAGAAACUUCUUGAGGAAAAGGAGAAAGAGGUACCUGGUCCCCUUCCAGAUAUAAAGAAAAUUGAUCCUGUUGAGCCUGCUCCCAAAGGUGAAGAACAUGAAGAAAAUGAUGAAAAUGCUAUAUCCGAGAACAAGGGUAAAGUAGAAAAAGAGAAGAAAAAACAUGUAUACGAUAAAAUAACAAUUGAUGAUUUCAAUAAAUUUAUAAAAGAAAAAAGUAUUAAAGUAGUGAAAUUAAAUUAUGAAGAAUGUAGAUUAUAUAAAUGCCCAUUGUUAGGUUCUAAUUCCAUUUAUGAGUGGGAACUGAAUUAUAUCGCUGAAGCAUUAGAGGGUAGCUCUGGUGUAGACUUGGAAUAUGAGUUUGAAACAAUUAAAAUGCAUAGAGAUUUUCUUCGUAAAUACUUCAAAGUCUACCGAACCAAGAAAGCUUUUAUGGAAAGUUACACCAAUUUCAGACUAAACAGAAAAAGAAUAGAGGAUCACAACAACAAGCCCGAUAGAUUGUACAAUAUGACCCUUACCAACUUCGCGGAUACUGACGGAGACAUGUCAGCAUUAUCUAAUGAACAAAUUCCAGAAGAUGUUUUAUCAACCAAAAUGUCAAAAGCAGGUUUAAAUCUGGGUGAUCAAGAAAUUCAUGUUGAUUGGAGAAAGAGCGGAUAUGUAAAUGAUGUUAUUAAUCAGGGCCCAUGUGGUUCUUGCUGGGCAAUCGCUAGUGCAGAUGUGUUUAGUUCAUUCAUGUCAAUAAAGAAUAAGAAACCAAUGAAGUUCAGUUAUCAACAAUUGGUAGAUUGUGUAUCACCCAAGUAUAAUUGUCAAAAGGGUGGAAGCCAUAGAACAGGUUUACAAUACAUUAAAGAAAACCCAAUGUGCACAGAUAAGGAAUACCCAUAUAUAUUCAAAAAAAGCUCUUGCACAUCAUACAAGUGUGAACAAAAUUCAGAAGUUAAAGAAGUAGUGAGUCUCUAUAACGGUAAUCCUCUAGAACACCUAAAAACCAAGGGACCAUUCCUAACAUUGUUCUAUGUGUCAAUUGAGUUCCUAUUGUACGGAGAUGGAAUAUUUGAUGGAAGCUGUGGAGGAAAAGAAGCACACUCAGUUGUAGUAGUAGGUCAUGGCUACGAUAAGGUUAAAAAUGUAAACUAUUGGAUAGUAAAAAACUCUUGGGGAAAAGCUUGGGGAGAAAAGGGAUAUUUUAGAAUAUUAGAUAAAUCUGUAGAUCCUUCGUUUGAUAACAACAAAUAUUGUAGUUUUAUUAUGCAUUCCUUUGGAUUGGAAUGA